GGUCAUCAUGGCUACCAUGGAGAAACAGACCUGACCUAGGUUAUUGAAAGCCUGACACAUAUGAGGAGUCAUACACCGGAUAUGAUUUUUGUCUAGGUGCAAUGAUAACAUGAUCUGGAGCUGGGCAAUGAUGUUUUACCCCCUUUUCAUUCCCUGCUAUUCCCUUGCAUAGAGAAAAACUUGUUGGAUCAGUACCUGUUGUGUCAUAGGGAUCUGAUGGGAACUUGGACAUGUCUGAAGUUCUGAGGCAAAGUUCCACUGAGGUCUUAGGUGUUGCCUGACAUGGGUGGAGGAUGGCAACCUUGGAUCAGAUUGUACCUGUGCAAAGUAUUUUGGCUUCUGAGUGCCAUGACACAAGAUGGGGUUAUUUGCAGGACUGCUUUUUCUCAGUUGUUUGUUCCCAUCACCCAAAGUGGGUAGGCUUAAGGUACCAUUUCUAAAGGAGUACCAUCUAAUGAGAUCUAACAGAAUGCCCUCUUUGUUGCUGCAUAUGCCCUUUGGAUUAAGCUCCUUUCCCCCAAAUAUAGGGCCAGAAUGGAAAAUGAGCGUAGUUUGUGAUAUUAAUGUAUAUUAUUGUCACCAGCCUUGAUUCUGUGUUGUUUAUAUAUUGUUUUUACUUUCCUAUAUUGAUUUUUUUUCAAUCUUGACUUUUUAAUAUUUAUUAUUGUAUAAAUGAGUACUAGAUUAUAAAUAAUAGAAGCUGUAUAUUUUCAACAAAGUUUAUUCACGUCAUCCCUAAGGGGAAGCGUGAUUAUUCUCUGCCAUGGGUCUAAAUUUCAGGCUGCCAAGGCAGAAAAAAUUAAUAUAUACCAUGCAUUUUUUUUGUGUUUCUGCUUUAAUAGAAAUGGUUCUGCUCCAUGUGAAGCAUGGAGAUGAGAGCCAAUUUCUCCUGGAAACAACAGGUAAGGUUUCCAUUGAAGACUUAACACAAGAAGUGACCAGAAUCUAUAAUGGAAGACUCAAAGUUCAACGUCUUUGCACAGAAAUGGAAUUGCUGGCAGAACACGGUAUUUUCUUACCUCCUAACAUGCAAGGCCUGACAGAUGAACAAAUUGAAGAGCUGAAACUGACAGAUGAAUGGGCAAAAAAAUGUAUUCCAAGUGGUGGAAGCACAUUUAAAAAAGAUGACAUUGGACGAAGAAAUGGUCAUGCUCCAAAUGAGAAAAUGAAACAAGUUUUAAAAGCAACAGUAGAAGAAGCCAAGGCAUUGAUUUCUAAGAAACAAGUGGAAGCCAAUGUAUGUGUUACUACCAGUAUGGUGAAAGAUGCCCUCGACCAGCUCCGAGGAGCUGUAAUGAUUGUUUAUCCAAUGGGGCUCCCUCCAUAUGACCCAAUUAGAAUGGAAUUUGAAAAUAAAGAAGAUCUGUCAGGAACUCAAGCUGCUCUCGAGGUUAUUGAAGAACCAGAGGCCCAGCUGUGGUGGGCAGCAAAGGAACUGAAAAGAACAAACCAGCUUUCUGACUAUGUUGGCAAAAAUGAGAAAACAAAAAUUAUUAUCAAAAUACAAAAAAAAGGGCAAGGACCUCCAGCACGUGAACCUGUCAUAAGUGGUGAAGAACAUAAACAGAUGAUACUUUUUUAUCACAGAAGACAAGAAGAACUCAAGAAAUUAGAAGAAAAUGAUGAUGAUGAUACAUGUUUAGAUUCUGAAUGGGCUGAUACUCAUGCCUUGAAAAGACAUUUUCAUGGUGUCAAAGAUAUUAAGUGGAGACCAAGAUAAAGCAAUUUUUCAAGAAAAAUAGUAUAAAAAUAAACUAACUCAGCAAGUUACAAUGGUAAUAUCAAUGCACACAUUAAAUUUAAUUAUUAAAACUAAAUAAAAUA